AACUGGGCUGCGAAGGAUAGUGAUUGAAUGCUUUUCUCUCAUGCAGUAUGGCUGCCAUGAGUUUCUGCCACGUGUCACUCCGCCCACCGGAACUCUCCAGCGUCACCUCCAACCACCGCACCUCCGCCGCAUUUCCUUCUACAACCAGAAGCUUUUCCGUUUCCGCCGCUGCGUUGCCGGAAACCUCCACCGCACCUUCGGAACAACCUGAGAUCGAGCUAGAAUUCCUUGGUGUGCGUAUAACUAUCUCUCUCGCUCUCAUGCUGCGAUCAUUACGCACAUCACCUAAAUCAGGAGAUGCAGUAAACAGAGCCAAAUCCAUAAGUGGAGAGAAGCUGCUGAGGAACAUAAUGUUGGAUAACAAAAUUGAACUUUACGCCAUUUAUGGGAAACUAAUGAAUUGUGGAGGUGGUGGAAGCUGUGGAACUUGUAUAGUCGAGAUUAUCGAUGGAAAGGAUCUCCUGAAUGAGAGAACGAAUACAGAGCUUCGAUAUCUCAAAAAGAAACCGGACUCUUGGAGGCUUGCAUGUCAAACUAUUGUAGGAAAUAAAGAGAACUCUGGAAAGGUGGUUGUCCAAAGGCUGCCCCAACAGAAAUGAUCAAAAAUAUUCUGGAUCCAAGCUUCUAUGCUGCUUUUAUCUUCAUUGGAACAUGGUAGAUUGUCUGGAACAUUUCAGGUUUGCAUAGGGAACUAUAUUAGUUUAGUGUUGAUUGUUUUCAUUGGGGAUAUAUGGUACUAUAGUCACCAUUGUAUGGUGUAUACACUAGUUCAUGAUUCUUAUUUUACAAUUUGAUCUUCUAUGGCAUUCAAAUUUAUAUAAAACGAACACGAUUUGACGGAACUUA